CCCUGCUGCUCACGGCGGGCGAUGCUGAAGAUGCUGUCCUUCAAGCUGCUGCUGCUGGCUGUGGCUCUGGGCUUCUUUGAAGGAGAUGCUAAGUUUGGGGAAAGAAGCGAAGGGAGCGGAGUGAGGAGGAGACGAUGCCUAAACGGGAACCCCCCAAAGCGCCUGAAAAGGAGGGACAGGCGGAUGAUGUCCCAGCUGGAGCUGCUGAGUGGCGGAGAGAUGCCGUGUGGUGGCUUCUAUCCUCGGCUGUCCUGCUGCCUGCGAAGUGACAGCCCGGGGCUGGGGCGCCUGGAGAACAAGAUAUUUUCUGUUACCAACAACACAGAAUGUGAGAAGUUAUUGGAAGAAGUCAAAUGUGCAUUUUGCUCUCCACAUUCUCAGAGCCUUUUCCACUCACCUGAGAGAGAAGUCGUGGAAAGAGAUCUACUGCUUCCCUUCCUCUGCAAAGACUAUUGCAAAGAACUCUUUUACACUUGCCGCAGCCACAUUCCAGGUUUCCUUCAAACAACUGCUGAUGAGUUUUGCUCUUACUACGUAAGAAAAGAUGGCGGGUUGUGCUUUCCAGAUUUUCCAAGAAAACAAAUGAGAGGGCCAGCAUCUAACUCCUUGGACCAGAUGGAAGAAUAUGACAAAGUGGAAGAGAUCAGCAGAAAACACAAACACAACUGCUUCUGCGUCCAGGAGGUUGUGAGCGGGCUACGGCAGCCUGUUGGGGCCGUGCACUGUGGGGAUGGCUCACACCGGCUCUUCAUCCUAGAAAAGGAAGGCUACGUGAAGAUACUCACCCCUGAAGGAGAAAUAUUCAAGGAGCCUUAUUUGGACAUUCACAAACUUGUUCAAAGUGGAAUAAAGGGAGGAGAUGAAAGAGGACUGCUAAGCCUUGCAUUCCAUCCCAAUUACAAGAAAAAUGGAAAGCUGUAUGUGUCUUAUACCACCAACCAAGAGCGGUGGGCCAUUGGGCCUCAUGACCACAUUCUUAGGGUUGUGGAAUACACAGUAUCCAGGAAAAAUCCCCAUCAAGUUGAUUUGAGAACAGCUAGAGUGUUUCUUGAAGUUGCAGAGCUGCACAGAAAGCAUCUAGGGGGACAACUAUUCUUCGGUCCUGACGGCUUUUUGUACAUCAUUCUCGGGGAUGGAAUGAUCACACUGGACGAUAUGGAAGAAAUGGAUGGGUUAAGCGAUUUCACAGGCUCGGUGCUACGACUGGACGUGGACACAGACAUGUGCACUGUGCCUUACUCCAUCCCACAAAGCAACCCACACUUCAACAGCACCAACCAGCCUCCAGAAGUGUUUGCCUAUGGGAUCCAUGACCCAGGCAGAUGUGCCGUGGAUCGACACCCCACUGAUAUAAACAUCAAUUUAACAAUACUUUGUUCAGAUUCCAAUGGAAAAAACAGAUCAGCCAGAAUCCUACAGAUAAUAAAAGGAAAAGAUUAUGAAAGUGAGCCAUCGCUUUUAGAAUUCAAGCCAUUCAGUAAUGGUCCUUUGGUUGGUGGAUUCGUUUACCGAGGCUGCCAAUCUGAAAGGUUGUAUGGAAGCUACGUGUUUGGAGAUCGUAAUGGGAAUUUCUUAACUCUUCAGCAAAGUCCUGUGACCAAGCAAUGGCAAGAAAAACCACUCUGUCUUGGCACCAGUGGUUCCUGUAGAGGCUACUUUUCAGGUCACAUCUUGGGAUUUGGAGAAGAUGAAUUAGGUGAAGUUUACAUUUUAUCAAGCAGUAAAAGUAUGGCUCAGACUCACAACGGAAAACUCUACAAAAUUGUGGAUCCAAAAAGACCUUGGCUGCCUGAGGAGUGCAAGGCCGCCACACAUCCCGCGCAGACCCUGAGCUCAGAGUGUGCCGCGCUCUGUCGGAACGGCUACUGCACCCCAACCGGCACCUGCUGCUGCAGUCCAGGCUGGGAGGGCGAAUUCUGCAGAAUCGCAAAAUGUGAGCCAGCAUGUCAUCACGGUGGUGUCUGUGUUAGACCGAACAAGUGCCUCUGUAAAAAAGGGUAUCUUGGUCCUCAAUGUGAACAAGUGGACAGAAACAUCCGCAGAGUGACCAGGGCAGGUAUUCUCGAUCAGAUCAUUGACAUGACAUCUUAUUUGCUGGAUCUAACAAGUUACAUUGUAUAGUUUCUGGGACUGUUUGAAUAUUCCUUCCAAUGGGCAUUUAUUUUUUAUCCUGUCAUUAAAAAGAAAGACUGCUAUCCUGCUACACACUCCUGUGAUUUCAUUUUCCUUUAUUAAUUUAAAAAUAAUUUCCAGAAAUGUGCAGAUCCUCUGUGUGUAUGUUGGUAUGUCUGUUCACUUAGGCACAUACACACCUACACUCACAACCCCUAUACAUGUGGUUGCAAAACAGAGGUAUAUAUAUAUAUAUAUAUUUCAUUGUGCAGAGUAAUUUGCACAGAAAUUCCAUUGUAAAUUGAUAAUGGAAUUUUUAUUUAACCAGAAGAUUAUUUGACUUCCCAAGAAUUUUCUGUCUGUAACUACUAAAGUCAUCAUAAAUGGAGUUUUGAAACACUAUUGUGCAAUCUGAUAGAUCUAAUAAAAAAGCAAUACUUUUAUAUUAAAGGACUCUAAGAGACAAUGUUUCAGAACUCCCUGAUGAAUUUCUGAAUGAGCAACUUGAUACAAAAUUAUAAUCUUCAUUUUUAUCAAUGUAUCCAAUUACAGAAUGUUAUGCACUUAUCUUUUUAUUUGGCAGGGCAA